AGUCAUGUCUUUUGGAUUUUCGGUCCCUUUUGUAACGCCAACAUAAAACAUGGACAAUCGUUCUAUCUCAAAGAAAAGGAAGUUUGUAGGAGACGGAGUCUUCAAAGCUGAAUUGAACGAGUUCUUAACUCGUGAACUUUCGGAAGAUGGAUAUUCUGGAGUGGAAGUACGCGUUACUCCCCAUCGUACCGAAAUCAUUUUGCUAGCGACCCAUACACAAAGCGUCCUUGGGGAAAAGGGCCGUAGAAUCCGAGAAUUGACUUCUGUUGUACAAAAACGAUUUAAUUUCAAAGAAACACAAAAUAUUGAACUAUACGCUGAAAAAGUUGCAACGCGUGGUUUAUGUGCUAUUGCUCAAGCAGAAUCGUUACGUUUCAAGUUAAUUGGAGGUCUUGCUGUACGAAGAGCUUGUUAUGGAGUUCUUCGUUUUAUCAUGGAAUCUGGAGCAAAAGGUUGUGAAGUUGUUGUUAGUGGCAAAUUACGUGGACAGAGAGCAAAAUCCAUGAAAUUUGUUGAUGGAUUGAUGAUUCACUCUGGAGAACCCACCAAUGAAUAUGUUAAUACAGCAACUCGUCAUGUGCUUCUUCGACAAGGUGUACUUGGUAUCAAAGUGAAAAUUAUGCUCCCAUAUGAUCCUCAUGGCAAGACAGGUCCAAAGAAACCUCUUCCAGAUUCUGUUUCAAUUGUUGAACCUAAGGAUGAAGUAUUUCCUUCACAACCAUCAUCUGAAGUAAAAGCAACAAAGGAUAUACCACAACCAACACCACUUGCAGUGUAA